AUGACGUUCUAUACGGGAUCUACGAAGCGACGUGGAGUUUAUGUGCCUGGUCGCGACCCUUUAGUAGAUGAGGUCAUGAGGGGAUGGCAAGAAAGUUGUCAUCCCUCCACUUCUAAGAGUAUUCCGGCAAAAAAGCAACUGGAACUGGUGGUGAUUCACGACUUCGACGAAUUUGGACUAGAUUUUUGGGAAGAUAUGCAGCCUUUGGCAAGCUUGCAAGAGAUGGAUCUCUCAGUUAGCACGUAUCUUAUUGAUAAUCCUAAGAAGAUGGAAGAGUGGAUGGAAUGUAUAGGGGCAUCCUUACCAGGAGGACCAAGAAAUUAUCGUGUGGUUUCUAGUACGCGUCUAAUUGGGAUAUUUCUGGUGCUCUUCCAGUCCCGUGUGUCUGCUGUGAAAGUGUCGCAAAUUCAUGCUGCAUACAUUGCGACAGGAAUAUCCAUGCUUGUGAAUAAGCUGGGAAACAAGGGAGGAACGGCGAUUUCACUUCGACUCAAUGACACUCUAGUGUGCUUUGUAAAUUGUCAUCUUGCAGCUGGAAGUGGAGAAUUGGAGCGAAGGAACCAAGAUUUCAGGUUCGCUUCAAAUGCAUUGAUUUUGAAAUCUAAAGAUAUUUCUCAACUGAAGUUUGUUGAUGACCUGUCCAUAUACGACCAUGAUGCAGUAUUUUGGUUUGGUGAUCUCAAUUACCGGUUAAAAGUGGAAGAGUCUGGAUGGUCGACUGAGCAAGUGAGGCAAAUUGCAUCAUCCUCAGAAUUUCCAGUUUUAUUCAAGUAUGAUCAGCUCCGAGAACAACAAUUAAUUGGGCAGGUAUUCGUCGGUUUCCAAGAACCUGAGUUCCUACCAUUCCGACCUACGUACAAGUACGAUGUUGGAACAUCAACAUGGGACUCAAGUGAGAAGGCUCGUGUGCCCGCAUGGUGUGACCGUAUUUUGUGGUGGACACGGGAUCCAGAUACCCUUCUGAAGACACAACGAUAUGAGAGUGUUGAAAGGAUUUUUAUUAGUGACCACAAGCCUGUCCGGGCUUCAUUUACGAUUAAAGUGCGAAGUAUAGAUCAGGAAAAAGCGGAUCAGUUAUACGAUGAAGCUAUUCGAGAAGCUGAUCGAAGAGCGAACGAACUUCUACCUCAGGUCUCAUUAAGUAUAACGGAAGUGAGUUUUAAUUUAUAA